CUUCGUUAAAGCAAUAGGGAAGAGCUGGUUUUUCGUAGUAACCAACAUAAGAGCUGCUCUCACUGUGCACUUCUUGAUACAAUGUGUUCUUCGAUUAAACAAACUUGCAACUCAUGACACCACGGCAUUUCAGAGUAGAUUGUCGACUUCACGGUUGCAGAAGCCUGACUAUUGAGGACUUUCUGUUUACGUUCAAGCACAUGCUUGAAACUAUACUGCUGUUUUUAUGUGCUCAUAUUAAAUGUAAUAAAAAUAUAGAUUUUCUCCAUGGCGUCUCACCAGCAGUCAAGAAUUCAGUCAUACCUGGAGAAAAAUAAAAUCGGACCUCUGUUUGAGGAAAUGAUGACCAAACUGAUAACUGAGACCCCAGAUCAUCCUGUUCCUUUUCUCAUCAAUCACCUGCAGACUAAAGAGGGGAGCCCCAGCAAGCUGCAGAGAACUCUGCUGGGCUCUGCAGCUCUGUGGGCCCAGACCGGCUUAGCGGAGAACAAAGGGACAAGGCGUGAUUUCAGGGGGUACGAGAAGCCGUGGCAGAUGCACCCCAAAAAGCCCAAAAAAUCCAAGAGCGAUCUGGCGGUGUCCAAUAUAUCCCCGCCGUCGCCCGAAUCAAAGUCACUGCCAAGGUCAAUAGAGCACCCUCCCUGGGACUGGAGAACCAGACCGGAGAGCCGGGACUUCGACGAGCUCAACCACAUCCUCCAGGAGAGCAAGAAACUGGGCAAGGCCUUGGAGAACCUCUCCCGAAGUAUUGCAGUUUCUGAUGAGCUUGACCAGGACCCCAGGGCGUACAACUCGUCCCUGAUGCGGCCGCGGGUGAUCGGGGAGUGGGUGGGCCGCCCCGAGGACGACGCCGACCCGCUGGCCGCCGAGAUGCUCCAGCCGCCCGUCCCCAGGGCCAAGACCGAGGUGUGGAGCGAGGACAACAGCCCAGCCGGGAGCCUGAAGAUGGAGCCAAAGAGCAAGGGCCUGAAGCAGCAGCAGCAGCACCACAAGAAGCUGCUGGCGGCCAUGCUGUCCCAAGACUCCUUCGACUCCGCCCCCAGCUCCGCCCCCUCGGUCACUGAGGACGAGAUCGACGAUGAGGACGACGCCAUGGAGCUGCUGGAAGAUCUGGACGACCUGCGGAUGGAGGGCGUCACCAGCCUGGCGCCGUCCGGCAGCAAGUUCAGCCAGGGGCGCAGCGCGUACUGUCCCGAGCCCCAGGCCAAGGUCACCCUCAACAUCUGCUCAAGGUGUGCAAGGCUUCAAGGAGACACUCUCACAGACAGCAGAGAUGAAGAAGUUCCAUGUGCUCAAAUUCCCGAGCAGGCGGUGCCUGAAAUUUCCUGUCCAUUGCCCGGGGUCGAGGCCGUGAUGGAAGACGAGGAAUUUGAGAGCGCUUCUCAGGUGACGGGGCCCCGUCAACCAGUCUGGGACUCAGAUCUGAAGACUGCCAGAAGCGGCAGCUCCCUGAGCCAGAAAGGAGCCUUCCUGAAGGACUCUCUCUUCUCCAAGGAGCUGGAGACCAUGGGGAAACAUCUCGCCGAGGUGGAGCGAGACCUUGCCAAGCUGACCGAAGGGAAGUUAGCGAGGAGUCCCAACAGCCCGCACAGCAGCUUGCGCCUGAGUCCUCUCCACCACAGCUCCCUCCCGCUGUCCGCCCAAGCCUCCCGGCCUCUGUCCCCCGGGGCCCUCUCAGCCAAAGGCACCGUGCUGCCCCUCCUUAGCAACAAGCCCACCUCCCUGGUGAUGGGCCGGGCGCAGACGCCUAGCAACCCCAGCAGCCGGACUCCCACCCCCAACGCCCCUAGCAGCCGGCCCAGGACUCCCAGCCGGCCUCUGACCCCCAACAGUUUGAUGCCGCGAGCCGUCACGCCUGGCAGCCAUAGCAACAAGGACGAGAUGUUCGGCAGAUCGAGGAGCAGACCCGUCACACCCACCAGCCAGACCGGGAGGCCCCUGCUCACACCGCCUGGCCUGAGCACCACAGAGAGCCUGGGCAAAGCGUUCACUUACAGGCCCAAUAUGUCAGAGGACGAUUUCUACCAGCAACUGCAGGCCGUUCGGCAGCCAUGGCUCAUCCCGAGCGACACGGACAGCGACUGUGUGGAACAGCCCGAAAAGGACAAAUGCAGUCAGACUGGAGUACGGGAUUCUGCUAAAAGAUCAGUGUUUUCAGGCCUAUAAUGUUCGGGACCAGGAACAGUGAUCCUAUCCAAUGAUUAUGCAAACUAAUGGGCAUUUUGAAAAAAUGGGAGAAUAUGACACAAAUGGUUUAUUUUUAUAAUUCAUAUAAAAUGGUAUACUUUUACUCACAGAGGUAGAUUUUUUUUCUUAGAAGCUUUAAUCUAUGAACUUUACUGAAAUAUGAAAGAAAGCUUCAGCUAGAAAGUUUAUGAUGGGGUAUUUUAAUGUAGAGUGUAAACCUUACAUUUAUAAAUUGUUUUGUCUGCAUAUAGCAUGCUUUUCUGAAGUCUGUGCUGAAGAAACAAAACGAAAAUACUUUGCAUUCAAAGAUUUUAUAGUUGAUGACCUACUUUGUUAAAAUGCACAUGUAUUUUUACUUUUGGACAUUGCUCAAUGCUAUGCUACUUGAAAUCACUGGCUCACAUAUGUUAUGCAUUCAUAUGUUACAGAAUUCCAAGACACAAACCAGUUCUGAUCCUGAUAACACCACGAUGUUUGCAUGAAAUACUGUUUUUGUACUGUAUUGGUUCCAGGGGUUUCAGGGCUUUUAUGAUUCUGCGGCAUUCUGGGGUAGCAUAUUUCUGUUGAGAUUUCAUAGGUUGUUGGUUCUGGGUUAUGGACAGGUCCAUGUCAGCUGUGUAACAAGCAUUUUGUGCCAGAACUGUGGGACUGGUGCCACAAUACUGCUGUUACCUCCUGAUAGCACCCGCCCUGAACUGCCAUGUUCACAGCUUUUACAUGCCAUUUACAGCCUCUGGCCGCAAAGCAGUUGAGACUGAGCCAUUGUUUUACCAAUUACAAUACUGUAUCCAUAUUACUGUGGAAGUCUGUAGCUUGCAAAAGGGUUAUACACUGUACAUUGUGUUGAUCUGUGUGUUUGUUUACAUUUUUUAUGUCACAUUUUGUAUGUAUGAGUAUUUUUUCUUUUAUUUUUGAUGAGUGACUUAUUAAAGAGGUGAGAGGUGAAACUAG